AAGUAUGGAGAUAUCUAAAACCUAUAGUUGUUUUCCAUUUAUAAUUUGGAAUUUGAUUAAUCGUUUAACACAUUUAGAUAUACCAGCUAUUUCUCUAGAGCACUGGAAAAAAUGCUCCAACCUUUCCUAGUGAUAUUCUUAGCAGCUUGCGCCAGCGCUGGUACUUACAAAGAUCGUUUUUUAAUUUUAUACAACCAAAUAACAGAUGGAAACAAUGGCUAUUAUUCCAAAGAAGGCGUUCCUUAUCAUAGCAGAGAAAAUAUGUUAGUGGAAACUGUAGAUCAUGGACACGAAACUGAUUCAGAAGCCUUAAGCUACAAUAUAUACUUGCAUGCAAUGUAUGGUGCCAUUUCCAAAAAUUUUGAGCCAUUCAACCAGGCUUGGAACAUAAUUGAAAAUUAUUUAAUACCACAAACUCAGUACAACAUUGAAAGCUACAAUCCUAAAUUUCCAGUUUACUCCGCUGACUUUUCAGUUGGUGUAGAUCCGCUUCACGACGAACUAAAGGCCACAUAUGGUGAAGACAAGCUAUUUUUAAUGCAUUGGCUUUUAGACACCGAUGACAACUUUGGUUUUGGCAAUGUCCAGGGUCAGUGUACAUUGGGGCCGAAGGCUAGUGGGCCUUCGUUUGUACAUAUGGGUGCCGGUAGCGUUUGGCAAGGCAUCACUUAUCCUGCUUGUGAUAAUUUCGCUUAUGGCGGUUCCACAGGAUUUUCGUAUACAUCUAAUAUACCAAAUUGGCAUUAUAGUGUAGCUCCGGACGCUGAUGCCAGAGUUAUCCAGGCUGCGUAUUGGGCUUCUCAAUGGGCUACGCGAAACGGGCAGAUUUCCACUAUACAAAACACUCUUGCUAAAGUUUCCAAAUUGGGCGAUUAUUUAAGAUAUUCGUUUUACGAUGUACUUUACAGGACAGUGGGUAACUGUAUAGGUACUUCCUGUCGACCUGCUGCCUACAAAGAAAGCGCCCAUUAUUUGCUGUCUUGGUUUAUCGGUUGGGGUGGCAAUAUCGAUAGUCAGGAUGCUUAUUCUUGGAGAACCGGCAGUUCCGAGAUUAUUAUUGGGUAUCAAAAUCCUGUAGCUGCUUUUGCAAUGGUUAACGAUCCAAACCUGAGGCCUAAAAGUCCCACAGGUCGCAUAGACUGGCAAAACUCCUUAAUCCGUCAAGUACAGCUCUACCAAUACCUCCAAACACCUGAAGGUGCGCUAUCAGGAGGUGUCACAAAUUCUUGGAAAAACGUUUACGGAGAACCACCAAGUGACGUUCGAGCAAACACCUUCUACGGAAUGUUUUACGAAAACGAACCUUUAAUGGACGACGGUACCAGCGAUUGGUUCGGCAUGUGGACGUGGUCCAUGGACAGACUGGCUCAGUAUUAUUAUAUAACAGGGGAUGCUACCUCUCGAGUUGUUUUGCGAAAAUGGUUCGAUUGGAUAUACCGACAUGUGACUAUCACUGAUACUAGUUAUAGUGUUCCGGUGAUGAUUUCUUGGAAUGGAAGUUUGCCUAGAAACACUAAACCUACUGUAACUUUUUCAGGAGCAACUUUUUAUGGUAUUGCUAGCUCGCUUUCUAGAGCUCUCAGUUACUAUGCAGCUAAAUCUGGUGACAGUCGUGCAAAACAAACAGCCAAACAGCUAUUGGAUGUUGUUUGGGCCAAUCACAAAGACGAUAAAGGUCUUUAUGUGCGCACCGAUUUGUCUCCUUUUAUUAACAUGGAGCAACCUGUGUUUAUCCCUGUGCAAGACUGGUCGGGUACUUAUCCUAACGGAGAUAAAAUUAAUGCUUCUUCCACGUUUUUGGAUAUCAGAUCGUGGUACAAGAAGGAUGAAAAUUGGUCGCAAAUUGAAAAUUUUUUGAAUGGCGGUCCAGCUCCUGUGGUUGAUUAUCACAGGUUUUGGGAACAGGCCGAUAUGGCUCUGGCUCUAGGAGCUUACAGUCUACUUUUUGGAGAAUAAAAAUCACAUUAUGUAUAUUAUAAAUAAACGAGCGCU